AUGAAAACCCUCAGAGUUUCCAUCCCGGAGGCUGCAUCCAGCGGAGGCACCAUCACCUUCAAAAUCCUCGUCAACACAGCAAACCAUGACUCGCUACAAGGCACCUUUGUCGACUACGUGAUCCCACCCUUACCCGAACCUCUGAGCGAAAAAUUAUCGGACGACGUGGACCAGGUCGAGCAGAAGCGGGUACAGAUUGAGAGGUUCCUGCAGCGCGUCUGUCUGCGAGCAGAGUUUGCUUCCAGCGAAGCUGUCCUGUGGUUUGUUGGGACAGAGAUGACCCAUCUCGACUCGGUUGACUCAAGGCGCGCUACGCUGGGGUUUCUUCGAUUCGACAACAUUAUCAAGCCAAGUUACGAUCGCGGAAUGAGAAUAUACAGACCCUCAGAAAACGUCGAAGAGAAUGAUCAAGGCGAGUUUCAGAGGAGGCAACUGUACUUGCUGUCAAUGGAGCAAUCCUUCACUGGCCUGAUCGAUGCUGGCGUGCGUUUGACCAAAGAACGCGAGAAACUGGGAGAUGUGUACUCGCAGUUGGGAGACGCAACCAUGGAGGUGUUGAGCAGUAAAUACCGCCUUGGAGACGGACAACGGAUCGAUAACCGGGAGCGCCACCAAGCAUUGGACGAGGAAAUGCAGUUGUUUGGAGUGCUUACCGAUGACCUUCGACUCAGCAUUCGUCGCCAGGUCAAGGGAGAAACCUUUCAGUUUAUGGAUAUGGUUCAGGAAUACAAGAGCAUGCUUCAAGGGCUGAAGGAUGUCAUGAAUUCAAGGACAGACCGGUUAUCGGACUAUGUGUCGGCUUCAAAAAAAGUUGCAAAACGGCAGACCCAACUGGAGCAGGCCAUCCAGAAGACCGCGACAGGACCAGCCAUGGAUCUGGUCGACAAGGCAAGGCAGAGCUUGGAGGGAUCGAAUGCAAAGCUGGACGAGUCGCGAGAAGACUUCAAGAAAAGUCAAGAAAUCGUCACUCGGGAGCUGCUUCGAUAUGAAAAGGACAAGGCAAAGGAGUGGCAAGCAGCUGUUCAGGACUAUGCUGGACAACAGCUAAUGCAUGAAAGGGAGAAGCUGGAGGCGCUGGAGAAGGCCUGGGAGUCCAUCGGUGAUCUUCGGACAAAUACCGCGGGAGGAGCGACCGAUGCAGGCGCAGGUGGCCAGCAUUCUGAGCAUUAUGGAAGGUCCCGUUCGUAUUGGCCAUCGGGACUGGGGCUUCCUUUUGCGCCUGAGCUGGAUCUCAAGAAGAGCUCAGAGGAUGCAGCGGAUACACGAGUCGCGACUAGUCCAAAGCACAACGUACUAUCGGCAGUGGAGUCUGAAGCUAGGCCGGAACAGGAGCGAUUACCUCAGAAUGCAGGAGUCGGCGGAGGUCUGGGAAGCGGUUACAAUAGCGGCUACAACAGUGGAUACAAUAGCGGCGACCAAGACGAAGGAGGACGAUCAGGAACGAACUACUUUCCUUCAACCAAGUUGAGCCGAUCGGGGAGUGGUACCCGCAACAACAACAACUCGUCUAGCAAUAAGGCGGCUGAGGGACCAGCCUCGAGGAAGGGAUCGAUCGCGGGGAUGAUUUCGAGUACCAACACCACCAGUAACACCAACACCAAUAUUGUGACAGGUUUGUCUGGAGCAGGAGACGAGUCGUCAGCAGGCUCGGGCUACAUGUCGUCUCCGUUGACAGUAGAGGGUCCAUCCAAGCUGGAUAUUUUGUGUGCAGAGCAGGAUGACACGAACAAGGACGGAUAUGACCCGCUCAUGGUUCGCCCCGGGUUUACCAGCUAA